AGUCUUCAAACGACGUUGACGCCAGACGCCGUACGUCGUCGUCUCGACGCUUCUCUAUACUAAACGACGAAACUUUUACGCGAUAUAUCUUCGAAUAUAUUGAACAAAAAUUUUUGCUUUAAAAGUUUCCACGAAAACGCGAUUAUACAUUAAAAAUUUGUGUAUAUAUACAAUUAAUUGACAAAAAUCGACUUUGCGAAUUUCUAAUAAUAACCCAGAUUUUUGGUACAUCGAGUGAUUUUAAAAUAGAUUUCUACCGGUUUUGAAGAAAAACUAACCUAAUUUCAGUUUUUUUUUGUAAAUAUACUCAUACAAAUAAUGUGAAUGUUUUUAAAAACACGUGGUACAAAAGAAACUGUGUUUGUUUGAAAAAAAUAAGUUCGACAACAAAAAUUAUUCUUUAUAGAUGACUAAAAUGGUAAAGAACUUGUUAACGAUGAUUCUAUUUGCUUCUUUGGUUUUUGUAGCAGCUUCUUCAGUUCUUACUACAGUGGCGACUGAAUACGAAGUUAGAGCUUUUAUUGGCGAUACGGUAGCUCUACCAUGUAGAGUCGACAUUCAACAAUGCGGGCAAUUGCACAGUGUCAAAUGGUACAAAGAUGCUAAUAGAGUCUACGUUCUCAGUCAUCAUGGUUCGGGAAGGGCCGAAGGUGGCGCUACCGAAAGAAUGACAGUGGAGUACACCAAUGAAACUAAUGGUGCAGUUUUGAAGAUAUCUCCAGUUGAAGGUGAAGACGAAGCAACGUAUAAAUGUGAAAUCACCUACCUCGUAGUCAAAGAAAAUUGUGAUGUCAUUCAAAUCGUAAAAUUGAAAACUUUGAAGAUACCUGAUGUUAUAAAAAUUCAUCGAGGCGGAGACCAUACUCCAUUACCUAACGCCACUGUUAUCGGACCAUUAGAAGAAGAAGACGAAAUCGAUUUGAUUUGCGAAGCUACCGGUGGUAAACCAACACCCAUCGUUUCGUGGUACAACGGAACCACCUACUUAAAACGGGCUAAAUAUGUAGUAGCCAAAUCGAAAGACGACGUAGAAAUGGGAAUGUCAACACUGCGAUUAAACCUCAAAAGGGGUGAUUUACUGGCGCGUUUCGAGUGCAGGGUCGAAAGUGAAGCUCUUGAACAGCCAAUCAUAUCAUGGGUACAAAUCGAUGUAAACGUUCGUCCACUCACUAUCAAUUUAACGGGUGUCGAAAAUCACGUGGUGCAAGGUACGAACGUCAAACUGGAUUGUAAAGUCUCCGGUGCUAGACCGCCAGCUACUAUACGGUGGACCAAUGGAUCAUCUUCUAUUAACGAAGAAGACUUCGAUCAAACGAUAAUGGAAUCGCCUAUAAGCAUGAAACAAAUAGAAGAGAAAGACGGAACCUUUACGACCAUCAGUUCACUGUCGUUCAAAGCUUCGCACUGGGAAAACGGCAAAACAAUAUUUUGCUACGCUGAAAACGAAGUUAUGAGAAAAAAUUCUGAACCGGAAUAUCACAGCAACUUGAUUCUAGAUGUUCGAUACCCACCAGUCAUAACAGUGAAACCCACAUACGCAGAGACUAACGAAUCUACUGAUAAUAACGUCACCUACGCUUUUUUCCAAUGUGUAUAUUUCGCAAACCCCCAAGAGCUCAAAGUAGCCUCAUGGUUAAAAGACGGUAAACCGCUCGUACUAAACGACACGAAGAAGUACGUAGGAGGUACUACUUUAAAUCCACCGCUGUAUAUUAUGAAUGUUACCCGCGAAGAUAUGGGGGACUACGCGUGUUCGUUAGGAAAUGAAAUAGGAACAGAAAUUUCACCAGAUGUCGUUACUUUAAACGUGAUAUAUACGCCUGAUGUGGAAGUGGUAAUGGAUCCGUCUACACCGGUUAAAGCUUCAGACAAAAAGACAGUAUUAAUUACGUGCAAUGUAACUUCCGGAAAUCCAACUAACCUCACCAAGGUCCGUUGGUAUCUCGGAGGUGAAUUGAUGAAAGAGUUUCCAGAAUGCAACUACACGAAUAUCGACGAACACGGUAACGGGGAAGGUAAUGGCGGUCCUUUUUGCGGUCUCGAUCCCAGUAUUCUGAGUCUGGAACGCGUGGACGAAUCAUUCGCUGGCAACUACACUUGUAAAGGAAUGAACGCUGGCGGUUGGGGACCUGAAUCCGAGCCCCAGGAAUUGAUCGUUUAUUAUGCUCCUGGUCCAGCGAAAAUUAGAUACUCACCGUCGAAGGUGGUCAAAGGCGGAUCCGUCAAUUUGACAUGUACCGUCGAAUUCAACGGAAGACCGGACAACGUUAGUUACGUGUGGCAUAGGGGAUCACACGUUUUAUCCAAUGUUACACAGUCGGUAUAUACAAUUGCAUCGGCUGGUUUGGAAACAAGGAAUAAUUUUUCCUGUGCUGCCGAAAAUGAAGGUGGAAGAGGGGCACAAGCUAGUGUUUUUGUCAACGUCUACGCUGCGCCUGCAUUUACGAAGAAACCACCGACGUAUCAAGGGAUUCUUUAUACAUCGAAAAAUAUAAAUCUAACUUGUAUCGUUGAAUGUUAUCCACAAUGUUCUAUAGUGUGGUAUAUAGAUACAGUCAAGUUAGAUACUACAAAUAAUCAUUUAUACACGAUCGAAACUCAUUUUUUACCAUCAAAUCUACAGAAAAACGACUUCGAAUCUAUUAAUUCUACUUUGAUUUGGAAUAUGUCUGCUUGGCCUGGGAAAAUGUUAAACAAAUCCGCAGCGAAUACCAACUACACGUGUCAGGCUACUUCGAAUAACAUCGGAGCCGGGGUUAGUUCUACUGCUGAAAUCGCCGUCGAUUAUCCUCCAGAAGAUGUCGAUACUAGUUUAAAAAUAGUUAACGUUAAUGAAGGUGAAAAACCCGCGGUGGUGAAAUGUUUCGGUAAAGGCAGACCAACACUCAGUUACCAAUGGAGAACGAAUUAUACUUCAGAACCAAUAUCCUCGAACGAAGUAUUGGAUUUACCGAAAAUAACUCGUAGCGAUUCGACGGCCUACAUUUGCGAAGCAUCCAACAAACACGGUUCUAAUACUUCAAUCGUCUACUUUAAUAUCCGAUACGCACCAGAAUGUAGUAUAACACGUGUCGAAAAAGACGGUCAACCUGCCUUGGUAUGUACAGCACUCGCUAAUCCUCAGGAUAUGACUUUCCUUUGGAGAGUAAAAGAAGGCAACAAAACUUCAAUCGAAACUAAUAACAUUAUACAGGAGGGAGUGAAAAGUUAUCUCUUGUUAGAUUCCAGCGUAGAGAACGACAGGAAUUAUUAUUGCAUAGCCAAUAACAGCAUAGGUUUUAGUGAUUCGUGUCAAGCGCAAGUAAACGGAAACCUCUCUUGGUGGAAUCAAGAUAAGAUGAUCAUUAUAAUAGCCUCGGUUGUCGCUAUUAUUAUUUUCGUGAUAAUAAUAUGCAUAAUUAUUAUCAUUCUUUGCCGAAGGAAGAGAGCUGAUACAAAGUCGCCCAACAUGUCUUCUACCGAAGAUAAACCGAGGCUGGGGGGUGGCCUACCUCAUGGAGGUACUCCAAACCCCUUAAAUGAUCCAGACAAGGGAUUCUACGAAAAUCUUCCGUUCCACGGGAUGCAAAAUCCAACCAGUAAACCUUUCAGGCCCGAACCUUGUGAACUCGAGUAUGCGGAUAUUGAUUACAAAUCUUACGGCCCAAUAGACUAUAAGGCAGCUUCCAUCUAUGCCGCUAUGAAGAGAAACAAAAAUAAUAAUAAUAAAUUCGAACAAGUCAACAAAGAGGAUCUUCUAUGAACUAGUUUUUGAUACGUUGCUGUGUUUUUAGGACAGAUUUGUACACGUGAAAUUUGGAUUUUUUUGUGUGUGAAAGUUUUGUUUUAAUGUUAUUAAAAACGUUUAUGAAUUCAAUAAAUCGGGUUUCUUCAAAAAUUCAUUCUACAAGUUUCUUUUUGAUCCAGAUAAAAAGGAUUUUAUUGAUGUAAAUUGAUGGUACUACAUAACGAUUUCAUAAUAUGAUAUACAUUAACUGAAAGUUUUCAUACUCUGUUUCUAACGUAUUGAUAUUAUUGAGUAUUGAUAUUAUUUUUUAAAUUUUUUCCGGGUUUCCGAACUCCUUAAGGGGACCCCGUCAUUAUUUUAUUCCCGGGCCUUAUAAAUCUUAAUCCGGUCCUGUUUAUUCUAGCUUCUAAAAUUCUAUAAUAUGGUGUAUUGUUCUAACGAUCUAAUAAUUUGUUGAGGAAACACGGUUUAAUUAUUUUGAAAACCACUAAAGAAUCCAAAUAUUAAUUAUAACUGCUGUAAAAAAACUCGGACUCACCUUAAUGCUGAUCAAUAGCAUUAUUUUAAACGAUUUUAAAUGUUUUAAAUAAAAAAAAUAAUCUUAUGAAGUUUGUUAGACGAGAAAGGAUUAUAUGUAAAUAAUAAAAUUUUCUAUUUUGUCAAUCAAUGUUUAAUGUUUUUAAACAUAUCGAGAAUCAUACAUUUAAUUAUUUGUCUCUAACUGCCAAACGUAUUUGGUGUGAUUAUUUUUUAUACCCCUUAUGAUAAAUUUAAUGUCUAAUUUUGAAAUCAAAUGCAAAUUUUCAUAUGAAUUCCCAUCAAAAGAAGACUGGUGCGAUUCCUUGUCUCAACGUUUUUAGAACCAAAGUUUUAUCAUAUAAAACUACAUUGCAGUAUUUUUUAUUAAAUAAAUCCACCAUUGACGUCGUUGAAUCUGUAAAAUUCUUAGGGCUUGUUGUGAACAAUUCCUUGAAAUGCCGCCUUAUCUAAAAAAUUAAGCUCCUCCUGCUUUGCUCUGAGAUUAGUUCCCAAAAAACUGAACUUAUCCACUUCAACCUCAACCUUAACAGUCUAUUAUGCCCUUAUUGAGUCACAUCUCCGAUAUGUCCUUCCCUUCUGGGAUACGUGUAGUACGACUCGAUUUAAGCGAAUCUUCAAACUACACAAGAGAGCUAUUACAUAUUUACUCGGACCAAACAGCAGGGCUCACUGCAAGACUUCUUUAAAAAAUUGAAAAUUCUGACUCUUCCUUCCUUAUUUAUCUUUGAAUCCGUUUGCCUAAUUCGUAAACACGCUUCUCCAGUUUCGCGGAGCGCGACCUUUACCUACCUAUUCCACGUUCAGAAUUGGUCAAGGGCUCAAUAUUUUCCAAUGCAAAAAAUGCACAAUCACUUGCCAACUGAAAUCAAAUCGAUAUCAUCUUUUCCCCUUUAAAAUAACUGGCAAAAAUGGACAUUUCGAUCUAUUUGAAAUAUUUUAAUAAAGGUCGAAAUAGGUGCGAAACGUUUCUAUAAAAGAGACCCUAAAAUCAAGACAGGUAAUCACAAAAUUAUUUACCGCACUAAACACAACUAAAUAGCUGAAAAUAUAGGUUAAGGUUUUUUGCUAAAAAAAAGCUACACGAUAUUUAGUUCCAGCGCUGUAUUAAUUUAAGAUGACGCUCCAUUCAAAAUAGUAUCACGUGACCUUAUUUGACGUUCUAACACGGCAUGGAACGUCUACAUGACAUUGCACAAUUUAUUGAAUGAUAUGUCAAAAAACCUUUUCAGAAACCAUGAAUCAAUCACACUAAUCAUGAUCAGAAUGUUGUUUAAGUAAUCCGAUUCAGAAGCAUCGAGUCAUUGCCUUUCUACUCUAAUUUAUCAAGCGAUAAGUCAUUUCGGGAUGACUUCACAACCAGCCGCCAUAUUGAGGACAAAUAUUGCGUUAUUUACAUUAAAAUUAUUAUUCGUAAUGGUGUUAAAAUUAUAAUUAAACUUUCUGUGAGGUAUUUCUCCAAUAUUUAUUUAGUCCUUUCAAUUAUUUCGUUAAAAUAAACUCAAAUAUUUGAAAUUACAAAUAAACAUGUAGUUGUUUUUUUUUCAAUUUCACAUGACUCGGGAUGUUAUGAAAAUUUGCUUUUGUAUCCACUAUGUUUCCUUUUUUGAUUUUUUUAUCAUAAACUAACUUAUUUAUAAGUUUUGACUGGUUAUUAUAAAAAAAAACUGAUUUUCAGUUAGUUAGUUUUACUGAAUGUAUCAUAAUUCAGAUAUUUACGUGUAUGUUUAUUAUAAUAUUACCAAAAAACACUUUUUUAUUGGAAUUCAGAAGUGGGAUUAGGAUAUAAAAGAACUAAGAACCCAAAUUUUAUACUGUUAUAUCAAGAGAUUAUAUUUCAGUAAAAUAGUACUUUUGACCAUUUCUUAGGUUAUGAAACCAAUCCCUUCGAAUUAUUUGGUCAUAUUCAACACAAUACCUGAAAACUUUUUGUUCAGUUCAGAUUUUAUUGAAAAAAAGAUAAACAUAUGCCAAUUUUCUAGAAAUUGUCUUUCCUAAAGAAACAAAUAAUGUCAAAAUUCCCAAUGCAAAUAGAUAUACCUGUACAGAUUUUUUUCAAAUUUUUAAUAGCACAGUUUAUUUUAGUUGCAGUAGCGGCAGUAAUAUUUUUAUAUGAAUGCAAAUAACAGAAAUAUGUACAAUUCAAGACACGUCUAAUCAGUAUUAUGAUACAAAAAUUUUUAGUUAAUGAGUAUAUCGCACAUUUUUUUAUAAUUAUUUUGCUAUUUUUAACAAUUUCUAUUAUUUUAUCAUAAUCGUUUUCAAAUUCCAAAUCUAUAUGGAGUACCAACUUUAAUAUAUUUUUUUCAUUAUUUUAUAUCGUGUGUCCACGAUUACGUAUUUUCUUUAUCAAACAAGACAACAAUGUACAUACAAAAUGUUUAAAAAAUUUCACACAUCUCCUCAUCAUGCUUUCUCAGACCCAUAGAAGACAAAUCAAUUAUUUAUAACAAAGCUAAAUUUGUAUUGAAAACCUCGCGUGGCUUUUCAACUCAAAAGUGUCCAAUCUGUGGACAUACCUUAUAAGUAAUCCUAUGAGAUUUUAUCAUACUCUUACUUCCUUUUACCAAAGAUUUUUAGUUUAUAAUCAAUUUUUUUUAUUAUUUUUAUUAAGGUUACACCCGUAAUGGCCUUGUAAAAAUUCUUAGGUAUAAUCGGUAAUAUCUUAAACAUUUCCUUUAAUACUUCUUGUCCACUGGUGGUACUAACAAGUAACGAAUUUAGACGAACGCCACACCGGAAGCAGUUGACUGGUCCAAGACCUGUUUGGUUCGUUGUUGCGAAUUUGAACGAAUUAUAUUUUAAAGGUAUCCGCUUCCAGUGAACAAGAGACUUUAAACUAAAUUCUUAGAAACUAGAAUUUUAAUUUUAUCAAUAAGUAGAUAUUUUUGUAUAAUAUACUGAGUUCAAAACAAGCAAUACUGUCGAGAAUAAUGUCUAUCGUUUUUAAUUUUAUUCAUUUGAAAGAACUUAUUUGAAUUAUUACCAAUUGAGCAAUAUUUUCAAAAAUAUCUACAAUAAUAUUAAAAUAUUAGACAUUAUAUUUGCAACAUGCUCAAAAUAAUGUAUUUUCUAAACAUUUUUAAAUUUUUAAUUAACCUUCCAAAUAGCUCCACAGAAAAUUAGUGUAGAAUUUUUUUAGAAAGAGACAAACAUUUUCUUAACAAUUACUUUCCAAAAUUUCCUUUAAUUAAAAAAUUAACCAAUUGUUCAUCUUUUCAGUUUGGUCGUUAACGUAAAAAAUACAAAUAUCAGAAAUAAUAACAAGUGGAGUUAUGUUGUGUUCUAUAACUUCAGUUGAGUGCCAAAAUAUUGUAAAAUAUGACGUCCAUAACUUUUAGAAAACUUAGUGUGGUGCUCCAGAAUCAUGUUUAUUAUUAAGAUUAAAAUAUAUGCUAGGACCCAAAAGAAAAAAUAAUUAUAGAUAAGCAGUUGUUUCAUUAACUUUAUUAUGAACAAAAAGACACACAGGAUUUGUUUUAUAAUAUCUAGUAAUUCAUAUAUGGAAAAAAAAUCAAAAAAAUAUGCUAGGAAGCUUAGAAGACUAGUGAGUUGGAUGACAUCAAACAAAACAAUGUUGUAAUCAUGUUAAGCCUAGGACUGUUGUUAAAAAAUCGGUAGUAUAUCGAUAUAAAUUUCUUUAAUUUCUUAUUUCUUAGACCCUUUGAUAUAUUAAUGCAUCUAAAUGUUCUUGAUUUUAGGUCUCUUCUGAUUUAAAAUUAGUUUCUUUUAUAAUUUGAAGUUUCGACUUCUUUUAGUCUGUAUCAAAAUAUUUUAAUAAUGAGUAAAAGUAGUCAAAACGUCAAAUUUUCAUCCGUCUUUCAAAGAUUAUUGAAAAAAAACUAGUUUUAAAUCAGAAGAGCCCUAAAAUCAAGAACAUUUAGAAGCAUUAAUAUAUCGAAAUAUCGAUAUUUAUUACUAAUACUUUCUUGGAAGGUAUAUCGAUAGUUCGAUAUUGAAAUGUUUUUCCUGUUUUACUUUAUUUAUUUGCAUAUUAUCCUUGUAUAAAAAAAAUACUAUAAACAGUGUAUCAUCUAUGGUCUGUUAUAAAAAUAAUACAAAAUUUUUAAACUUGACUGAUCAAAUGUAGAAUGUAUUGUGACCUAUUUCAAACACUCAGUUAGUGAUUCUGAUCAAUUACGAUCUGAGCAAUUAGCAAAAGAAAAAAGUCCAAAUAUUUCUGCUCAUGCAAGCAGUUAUUAAUCAUUGGAAUUUUUGUUUAGACAUGAUGGGGAGAUUCUUGAAAUUAUCUUCAAUUGCCGCAAAGGUAUUAGCAUCGAGAACUAAGAUUAAUGUACCUGAUAUGAUAACUACUAAACCAUCAACAGCUAUUGGAGUGUCAGUGCGAAAUGGUAAUGGAAGGUAUUGAAGAUAGAUUAGUGCCUUGACAUGAAGAUAUGAUCUGGAAAAAUAUGUCUAGUGCCAAUGAAGUUUUGAUACAAUAUCUGCUGAGUUUAAGCAGUAUUUAGAUCAACUAAAUAUUUCAAGGUCAUCAAAUGGACUAAAAUUUUGGAUCGAUAGUAGACAUUUCACUUCUGUACUAUCAGAAAUAGCUGUUAAAUUUUUGAUUUCUUUUGCUAUAUCUGUACAAAUUACUUCUACAAUCUUUUAGUGUCUAAUAAUCGUAGCAGUCAAAAAGCUACACAUAUAAAACAACUAGUAUUUAUAAAAACUCUCAACUCAUAAAUUUUGGUACAUUUAUAAUUACAUUUGCUUAAUAAAUAUACUGGAUUAUAAACUGUGUGAAUUAUCUUUGAGCCGACUUGCAAUUGUUUUUUUUUAAGCCGAUAAGAUAAAAUCGAAAAAACAGCGAUAAAUUUUUUUCGAUAUAUCAAACUCCGAUGUUCCUAUAUUCAAAAAAUCGAUAUAUCGAGAAUCCGAUAUUUUAAAAAAUAUUAACAGUCCUAAUUAAGCCCAGCUAGGCUUCUUUUCAAAAGAGUAAAUAAAAAUUAUUAAGUAGAACAUGAAACUUUUCAAUCAAUUGAAAUUUACAUCACUCAUUUCUCAAAGAUUUUAUUCAGAUAUUUUUUCAUAUUUUGUGCAUGAAUACUAAGUAAAGUUUGGCUUUAAUAAUAAUUAUUUUCUUAUUUGGGUGCUACCAUGACACUUUGUACUUAAAGUACAUUCAAUUUAGAUAUUGUAGAACCAUUAUUACCUUUGAAAUAUCUCUGUAUCAUCUUGUAGAUAUGUAUAAUAUAAAUUAUAGCCCCUUACGCAGUUUAAUAAAGAAAUUGUAUGGAAACUUAAAAAA